CGGCGCCGCAGCGUCUCCCUGGGGCGCAGGGCUCUAACCAGAACCUGCAGUACCUAAUGUGACUCAAGCACACAGGAAGUCUGCAUUUCAACAUCUUUAUUUCAGUCAUCUAGUCGGCAUUUGGCAUUUCCCGCAAUGAAUUGUAGCUGGUGAAGGUUGGCACACUUUCCGGAGUUCACGAACAGAGAGGGCAGGAGAGCGGCCAGCAGGCGGACGUCUCUGAGCCGACAGCGCCCCCUGCUGCGGGGAGGCUCAAGCUGCAGACGGGGAGGCCAAGCCUCACUGCCCCUCCCGCCCUCACACCUGUGUGGUUCUGAUUGGCUGCGCGUCCUCUGACGCAGCACGUACUCAAGGUCUGUGCGAACGAUCCAAUCGCGCGCGCCCAGGAAGCCCUGCGGAAGCACACGGGAUACCUGCAGCCGCCACACUGGCCUUCCUAGUUCUGCUGCGAGAGAAUCCUGGGGCAGUGCAGCCGCUGCCGCCCCGAGAACUUCUCUGUUCAUGAGAGGCUCCGGGCUUUGCAGCCUCUGCUGCCCGUGACCAUGGCCGUCCUCUGCUCGUGAGAGGCCCGGGACAGUGUAGCCCUGCCGCCCCAAGACCUACUCUGCUUGUGAGAGACCCUGGACAGAGAGAAGCCAGGGCCAAUGCAGCCGCUGCCGCCCCGAGACCUGCUCUGCUCGUGAAAGAGGCUCUGGGCAGUGCAGACGCUGCUGCCCGUGACCUCCUCUGCUCGUGAGAGGCCCGAGACAGUGUAGCCCCUGCCGCCCCGAGACCUACUGUGCUCGUAGAAGACGCUCCAGGAUCUGCAGCUCCUGCUGCCUGUGACCGUGCUCCAGCUCAGGAUCCCUCGGAAGGACGCCCGAUUCCUUAGAUGCUGGGAAGUGGUGUAUCUCUAAAACCCACUACAUGCUUCCAAGUCUAGAGAACACAACCACACUUUCAGUGUUGGUGUCAUUUGAAGAUGUGGCUGUGGACAUUACUCAGGAGGAAUGGCAGAACAUGGACAAAUCUCAGAGGACCCUGUAUAGGGAUGUCAUGCUUGAGACCUAUAGCAAUCUGCUGUCCGUGGGGUACUACAUAACAAAACCUGAUGUGAUCUUCAAGUUGGAACAAGAAUCAGUACCAUGGACAAUGGCAAAAUCUGUAAACCAGCAGCUUCCAGAUCCUUACAGAAAGAAUGAGCUGCUUGGAACUAAUCAGGAAAAUCAGGAAACCACUUUCAGGAAGCCUGAUGAAAUGUCCCUUGGGAAAAAUCACGCCUCAAAUGCACCCGAGAACAAACUCCGAUGUGGGGAAAAUCUCAGUCAGCAUGACAAGGCAUACACUUGCAAGCAGUGUUUUGAACACAAUGGAAAAGAAAAAACUUUCAAGAGGAAGACGUUCCUUAAGUGUGAGAAAAUUUAUAUCAAAGACCCAUGUAAUGACCCUAUCAUUGUAGGAGAAACAAUUCAGGUUAAUAAGAAAAUGUUCCUUAGCAAUCCUUAUUUUGGCAAGCAUCAACAAACACACUCAGGAAAGAAACUCCAUGAACAUUUCAAGAGUGAGAAAUGUCCUAUUUUUAAAAGAGAUCUUAAAAUAAAUCAGAUAAUCCAAACAGCGAAAAGUCACUAUAUAUGUCUCUACUGCAAAGAGUCUUUUAGCUGUACCUCUUGCUUUACCACCAAACAGAGAAGUGAGAUAGAAAAUUUCUGUGUAUGCAAUGAAUGUAAAAAAAACAUUAACCAGAGGACGGAAUUCGCUAAAGAUAAGAUACUUCCCACUGAGGAUAAAUCAUAUGAAUGUAAUGAACUUGUGAAAUCCUUUUGCACUGAAUCAGAUCUCAUUAGACAUCAGAGAAUUUACUCAGGGGGAAAACCUUAUAAAUGUAAUGAAUGUGGAAAAACCUUUUCCAAGACAUCAAUUCUCAUUAAACAUCAGAGAAUCCACACAGGAGAAAAACCUUUUGAUUGUAAUGAAUGUGGGAAAUCUUUUUGUCAAAAGUCAUCCCUAAUCAUACAUCAGAGAAUUCACACAGGAGAAAAACCUUAUAAGUGUAGUGAGUGUGGGAAAGCUUUUAGCCAGCAGUCAGGUCUCAUUGUACACCAGAGAAUUCACACAGGAGAAAAACCUUAUAAGUGUAGUGAGUGUGGAAAAGCUUUUUGUUACAAACCAUCUCUAAAUGCGCAUCAAAGUAUCCACACAGGGGAAAAAGCUUAUGAAUGCAGUGAGUGUGGAAAAGCCUUUUGCCAGCAGUCAGGUCUCAUUGUACAUCAGAGAAUUCACACAGGGAAAAAACCGUACAAAUGUAGUGACUGUGGAAAAGCGUUUUGCACAAAGUCACACCUAAUCACACAUCACAGGAUCCACACAGGGGAAAAACCUUAUACAUGUUGUGAGUGUGGGAAAGCCUUUUGUCAAAAGUCACACUUAAUUAUACACCAGAAAAUCCACACAGGGGAAAAAGGUUAUGAAUGUAAUGAGUGUGGAAAAGAGUUUUACCAGAAUUCAGGACUCAUUAAACAUCAGAGAAUUCACACAGGGGAAAAACCUUAUAAUUGUAGCGAAUGUGGGAAAGCUUUUUGUCACAAGUCAUCUCUAAUCAUACAUCAGAGAACCCACACAGGAGAAAAACCUUAUACAUGCAGUGAGUGUGGAAAAGGUUUUUGUUGGAGGUCACAUUUAGUCAUACAUCAGAGAAUCCACACCGGGGAAAAAACUUAUGAAUGCCAUGAGUGUGGCAAAGCCUUUUGUCGGCAGCCUGGUCUCAUUGUACAUCAGAGAAUUCACACAGGAGAAAAACCUUAUAAGUGUAGUGAGUGUGGAAAAGCUUUUUGUUAUAAGACAUCCCUAAAUGUACAUCAGAGAACCCACACAGGGGAAAAAGCUUAUGAAUGUAAUGAGUGUGGAAAAGCCUUUAGCCAGCAGUCAGGUCUCAUUAGACAUCAAAAAAUUCACUCAGGGGAAAAAUCGUAUAAAUGUAAUGAAUGUGGAAAAGUUUAUUGCGCACAGUCAGUUCUCAUUAGACAUCAGAGGAGCCACACCGGGGAAAAACCGUAUAAAUGUAGUGAGUGUGGAAAAGCUUUCUGUCGAAAGUCAUACCUAAUCACACAUCAGAGAAUCCACACAGGAGAAAAACCUUAUAAAUGUAAUGAUUGUGGAAAAGCUUUUUGUCAGAAGUCAUCCUUAAACAUACAUCAGAAAAUCCACACAGGGAAAAAACCUUAUGAAUGUCUUGAAUGUGGGAAAGCAUUUUGCCAUGAAUCAGACAUAAUCAAUCAUCAUAGAGUUCACACAAGAGAGAAACUUUUUCAGUAUUAUGAAUAUGCAAAAUCUUUUUGCUAGCAGAAAGUUAUUGCAUAAGCAAAUCCUAAUGCCUGAAAACGUGUUGAAAAUUUAUAC